AACCCAUGCAUUACCAUCAUCGACCGUAAAAAACUUCAUAGUACCAUCAGCUUUAGUCGCAGCAUUUUGUGGGCAGGUGUACGAGACGUUCUUUCACAUUGCGAGUAGAUCUCGACGUGCUUGGAGCAAGGGAAGUCAUUAAUUUAGGUCAAAUUAGUGUGUGUUGAAUAAUAGUUUUUAAACGGUGCCCACGCAAAGUUUGCGCGAUUCGGUUCAUAAUGUCGUUCAAGAAGGAUCUGGUCCUGCUGGUGAAGCCCUACUACUGGGUUAACAUUCUGAUGAGCCUGUCAUACAUCGUGGCCAAGCGAGCGCCCAUGAUUUGCAACUAUUUAUGGACAUAUCUGUUCAACCAGGCUGAUCAAUGCGAGCUGGAUGGGCGCGAGACGGAGAUCCUAUUCUUCCUGCUGAUUGUGGUUAUGAUCCGGACCAGGAAAACCGGAAGUGUCACUAUGAUAAAUUAUUUGACGUCCAGUUUUAUGUACACAAAGUUGGCAAAUCUCGGAUUGUGGUUCUACAGUGACAUCCGUCUGGGGCUAAUCUAUGGGGUGUUGUUCAUUCUAGUUGCGCUAAUUCUGCCAGAACCAACCUACAGUGGACCGGAAAAUGUCACUUAUUUCCGUUUAGAAAACGGCCUCGAAGACGAAAUGGAGAAGGACAAGCGGGUCAACUGGAUAGUCACUUUCUACACGGUGUGGAAUCCGGCUUGCGUUAAUUUUGCUCCUAUUUUCGCGGAAUUGUCAUCGGAAUAUAACUUGCCCAACCUGCGGUUCGGAAAGGUAGAUAUCGGCAGAUUUCCAAAUCUGGGGAAGAAGUACCACGUCUCGGAUAGUUCCCUCAGUCGUCAGCUUCCAUCGGUUGUGCUGUUCCGGAAUGGAAAGGAGGUGGCUCGGCGGCCGUAUGCCGACGCCAAGGGCAAGUUGGUUAAAUUCUUUUUCUCCGCGGAUAAUGUGAAAGCUGCCUUUGAUUUGAACAACCUCUACAAGGAGUGCAAGGAGAAUCCCAUCAAGGGCGCCAAGGCAAUUACGGCCAGCCAGAAGAAAAAGAACUAAACUUGAAAUGUUGGUUCUUCCAGAAGUGCUUUUUUUAUUUAUUCAUUACUGUGGCCAAAUCGCUCGUUGGCCAUCUUUGAGCAAAAAGUUUGCUGUGAACAAUUUGAAUAAGCAUUUAAUUCUAUUCUAAACAAAGCAUUAAUUUAUCACUGGAUCUGCCCAUACUAUUUUCCUAUCUUCCUUUUUAUUGCUCUACAGUAGGUAGUUUAUCAGCGUUAUCGAAAUCGAAUCCAAAAAUUCAUUAGCCUAAGAUAGAAACAACCCUGUCCAGCGUCAUCACUUCAUUAGGUUUAGUAGAGACACGCCGUUCUCCGAUCGUGAUGUAACUUCGAGCGAAAUCGCCAGCAGCUUGAAGUGCUAAUUGCAUUGAGUGAAGAUAUCGAAACGUAAAACCGCUUCAAUCCUAACUGAUAAGCAGUAUGAUAGUCAUUUUCGUAUGUAUUUUGUUGUCAGCAGUGUUGUUGGUCAUUGAAGAAUCGCGGAUUUGAAAAUUUUAUAAAAAGGUAGUCCAUCGUUUAUUGUAUUAAGUUUUUUAUGUUAGUUUUGUUUUAGUUUUAAGGAGCUGAAUAGUCAUCAUGGGUAGAGAAUCUUGAAGAAGUCAGAAAACAAAAGUCAAUAAAUUUAAUGAUAUUCAAGUAA